CAUAAAUUGGGUGAGAAAGGCAGCGCGAGCAUGCUGUUAGUAGUUGUCAUCCUCAGAAUUGGAUUUCUUGAAUAUAGUUACAGUUUCGGAGCAAAUAAGAACUGGCAGGAACACGUUUAUACCCCGACAAUAGCUUCUUCGCAGCAGCUCAAAACGGGUGUUUAGAAGACAGUGCGCGAUUAGAUUUGAGUUAGUGUAAUCGUUUUCGUGGCUGCUUUCAUUUUCGCAUGGAAUGCACCGUCGCGUCUCAGUGUAGUUUAGACAUCGUUUAUUGCGCUCACGGUUUAGCCAGUGGAUAAUAUUGACGCGCUUGCGUAAACGAACACAACUGGGGGAUAUCGCAUCGAAAAUAAAUUCAACAAUGCAAUAAAGGACACAUAUGUUUCUCUACAUGUGCAUCGAUCUCUGAACAGCGCACAACCAGACAGACGAGCCCGUGUAAUUAAAGCUUGCAGCGAUUAUUAUUACAUUGUUGUUACGAAGCAAUUUCUUCUCAAGAGACGCGCGUGGCGAGCGCUGAAGUGUGCUGGAGCCGAGAGCGGAUCGCCUGGAGCCGGACUCCUCGCUCCUCAGGACGAUGGUGUUAGACAAGGAAGAGGGUGUGCCGAUGCUCUCCGUCCAGCCCAAAGGAAAACAGAAGGGAUGCGCCGGCUGCAACCGUAAGAUUAAAGACCGCUACCUGCUCAAGGCCCUGGACAAAUACUGGCAUGAAGACUGCCUCAAAUGUGCCUGCUGUGACUGCCGCCUGGGGGAGGUGGGCUCCACCCUCUACACCAAAGCCAAUCUCAUCCUCUGUCGCAGGGACUAUCUGAGGCUCUUUGGUACGACGGGGAACUGCGCAGCCUGCAGUAAACUGAUCCCAGCCUUUGAAAUGGUGAUGAGGGCCAGAGAUAAUGUUUACCAUUUGGACUGUUUUGCAUGUCAGCUUUGUAACCAGAGGUUUUGCGUGGGCGAUAAGUUUUUCCUAAAGAACAACAUGAUUCUGUGUCAGAUGGACUAUGAGGAGGGCCAGCUAAACGAGAGCUUUGAGACACAAGUUCAAUAGCCAAUCAAACAACUGCAGCGGCAGCUCUCGUUCCACACAUGCAUACACAAGCUUAUGUGCGAUGGAUGUUCUGCUGCACUCAGAGAGAAGAGCAUCUUUCUGCUUGCCUGCAAUACUUUUUACAGUAAAAGUCCAAUUGGUCCCUGAGGACUCAGUUGUAAAUGUACUAUUUUUGGCCCUUCCUGUCCCCAACACUGAGCAGUUACACGUUUGGAUGUACAGUUGUGCCUGCUUAGUUGAGCACUGUAUUGCCUGUAUGGUUUUUGUGAUUUGUUUUUCUGUUUUGGUAUCGCUCGCUCUCUCUCUCGAUCUCACUCUUUCUCUUUCCAACUCUCUCGUUCUCUGUCCCUCUCUCUUUCUCCCCCUCUCUCUUUCCAAUGCUCUCAUUCUCUCUAAUGCCUCUCUGAGGGUAUGUACAGUCUGUUUUUCUGUAUAUAUAAACUGGAACAUUUAUUUUAUGAAACUGUAAUGCAAUUUUAUUACCAGUGUGAAUUAAAAAGAUUCUUAAAUGUUCAUAGUUGAGUUUGUCUUCUGAUCCCAAAACCAAAGUUUGAAGAGGCCGGCCCACGUAUCGACCAUUUAAUUAUUGAACUCUUAAAGUGGCUGAAGCAUCAAAAACAUUUAUGAAACCACAACGAAAAAAUUAAUUAUAACAAUUUUAUAUACAGAAAUGGCUUAAUGUAACAGCAUAUUUUAAUUGCUGAU